CUAUCACUCUUAAGUACUGUUAAGGAAAUCAUGAUUCAGACAAAUGUGCUUUCCAGCUUUGAAAUUUAAAAGAAAAGUGGCCAAAAGGAAAGUGAAAAAAAGUUGGAUCUCGAAAGCAAUGAUACUUGUUUGUAUCUGCAUCUCGUGAAAUGUGGAUUAUUUGCCAAAAAUACCCAAGCCAACAUUCUUAAGGGGCAUUUUUCAGUUGUAAGAAAGCAUUGCAUAAGAUAAGAUAAGUAAGAAACACUUCCAUUGGGCAGAGCAACCAGCACCAUGAAUUAUGAGCUGCUACAGAUAGUUGCACUGCUGACAGUGAUAGCAUUUGGAGGAGCAUUAAGGAAAGCAACAGGAGCAUGCGGUUCAGAUGACUUGGAAGGUUUGAUGGGCUUCAAGAAUGGCAUUCAGAUGGAUACAUCUGGCAGGUUGGCAAAGUGGGUGGGUAGGAGCUGCUGCGAAUGGGAAGGUGUUGUGUGUGACAAUGCAACCACUAGAGUGACACAGAUCAAUCUCCCAGGUCUCAUUGAAAAAGACUUGUUUCAAACCCAAAUGGUUGGCCAGCUUUCUCCUUCCAUAACACUCCUCACUUCCCUUGAAAUCCUUGAUCUUGGUGGCUUAGUAGGCCUCACUGGGACAAUUCCACAAACAAUUGGCUUGCAAAUGCCAAACCUCCAAAAGCUUUACCUUUAUGGCAACAAUUUAACUGGACCAGUACCAGAAAGCAUUGGUGACUUGCCAAGACUCCAGGAACUGGCACUGCAUGAAAAUAAGAUAUCUGGGUCAAUCCCUUCUACCAUUGGAAGCUUAAAAAAGCUCAAAAGUUUGCUGCUUUACUCAAACCAAAUUUCAGGUACAAUACCCUUCUCACUUGGGAAUUUGACCAAUUUGGUAGAAUUGGAUGUUCAUGAUAAUGCCAUUAUGGGUCAAGUACCCAAUAGCAUAGGUCAGAUGCAGGCUCUGGAGAAGCUUGAUCUUUCAAGCAAUAUGCUUAGUGGAAGCAUACCUUCUUCACUAACCAAUUUAACUGCCAUUUCAGUUUUGUACAUGGACACCAACUAUCUUGAGGGAACCAUCCCAUUUCCCUCAAGAUCUGGUGAAAUGCCUUCUCUGGGUUUCUUAAGACUCCACAAUAACCACCUGAGUGGAAAUAUACCCCCCAGUUUUGGCUACCUAGUUUCUCUUAAAAGAGUUUCAUUAUCAAACAACAAAAUUGAAGGAGCAUUGCCUUCAAGUUUGGGCAAUUUGCAUUCUUUGACAGAGCUUUACCUAAGUGACAACUCCUUCUCUGGCCAAAUACCAAAAUCAAUAGGCCAACUCUCUCAGCUCAUAAUGUUGAACAUUUCCAGUAAUUUGAUUGAAUGGCCAUUGCCUCAAGAGAUAUCUUCCCUUCAAAACCUUCAAACCCUUGAUCUCUCUUUCAACCCUUUGAACCUCUCUUCCAUUCCACCCUGGCUAACAAGCAUAUCAUCGCUUUCCCGCAUAUCCCUUGCUGGCUGUGGCAUCAAGGGCCAAAUUCCAGACUCAUUGCAAACAACACAGAGUCCAAUACAAGAACUGGACUUAUCAGGGAACCUUCUCAGUGGAUCCAUACCAUCAUGGAUAGGAUCACUCAGUCAGCUCUACUUGCUAAACCUCUCAAGCAAUUCACUUGAUUCACACAUACCUGAAUCCCUCACAAACUUGCCUGAUCUUGGUGUUCUUGAUCUUCACUCAAAUAAGUUAACAGGCUCGAUAGCUGGAGUAUUUGACACUGAACAAGGUACACUAACAUACAUUGAUCUUUCUGAUAACAACUUCUCAAGUGGAGUUGAGGCAAUUGGUGUGGGAGAGCAGUUAAACAUUCAGUACCUGAAUUUGUCUCAUAACCUUCUGAAGGGUACAUUGCCAAGUUCUCUUGGAAAACUGAAUUCCAUUCACAGCUUGGAUUUGAGCUUCAAUGAAUUAGCCUCCAACUUGCCAGAGAUGCUGGCAAAGUUGACCUUGUUGGAGAGACUGAAGCUGCAAGGCAAUCACUUCAGUGGUAAAAUACCAAGUGGAUUUCUCAAGUUGAAAAAGCUGAAGGAAUUGGAUUUAUCAGAUAAUGUGCUUGAAGGGGAAAUUCCAGAGGGUAAGCCUCUAACUGACUUUCCUGGGAGCACUUAUUCUGGAAACAAAGGUUUGUGUGGGAAGCCUCUUAAUCCCUGUAAAGAGUAAACUUUGAGAAUUGUAAGAUAUGAUUGGAAACCCGUGAAAUCAAUUGAGUUUUGGCUACAUAUCAUUGUGAAAUAUUUGCUUCUAUUUUCGUGGUGUAAAAUCAUAAAGUAGGACAUUCACUAGUUUCAUUUCACUAUGGAAAGUAGAGAAUCUCAUGUGUUCCUUAACCUAUCUUCUUGCAUCCCUCUAGAAAUAGAAACUUGUGAGUUGUGACAAAUGUUGGAUUUUCCUUUUGCA